AAGUUGGCAGCUCGAAUGCAACAGAUGAUUUUUGUUUAAAAUUGUUAUUUGCAAACUUUAAGAUUUCACACACAAAACAUGGAAGAGGAUUUUAAAUUAGAAUUAAAUAAACCUGUUGUUUCAAACAAGGGCACUCACCUGACAAGGCUCGUGAAGAUGCGGGUACUGAGAUACUUGAAAGCAAAUGGCUUUUCCCAGGGAAUCCUUCAGGAAGCUGCUCAAUUUCAAAACGUGGACUACACCGAUGCCGUGUUUUCUUACAUAGCUAAAUCCUGUCCCGAAGCAGAAGACACAGUGAAGCUGGAGUGCGACUCUGUGAGCCUGAACAACAUCACCGAGUGGCUGGAACUUUUAAAGACAACAAAGCUAUCGGAUCUCUGCGAAUUCGAGGCGGCUGCUGUGGUCAAUUCCAUAAUACAAAACGAGAAGCAUCCAAAACCCAAAAAACUGAAUGGCAUUGACCUGAAGCAGGCCUACAAAUUUCUGGACAAUGCGCUGAUGGGGCUGCCCCAAAAGGACCUGAGUGAUGCCACCAAAGCCUUCCUCUCCAAGGAAAUAGAGCUCCUGAUAGCUGAGGCCAAUACCGACGAAUCCGAUGAUCUAGCCCGAAGCAUGGGACAAAGCCUGUACCACCAGCAAGAUUUCAAUUAUAUGGCGCAUCCGGAGAAGUGCAGCCGUGACCCUCUCUUCCAGGAUAGAGACCAGACGUAGCUAACCAAAAUAAAGACUAGGCCGUUUAUUCAUUUCCACACAUUUAUUAAACAUUUAAAUUCAA